AAUAUAUUACUUAGGUUUUUCGUCGAUUUCCUUUCCACAUGAACGCUUUCAAGCCAGCCUUCUCUCCAAAAGAAACUCUGAUUUUUUUCUUCAUUUUGGCACAAACACUUUUUUUCGCUUACCAUUUGGACAAUCUAAAUAUCAUUCAAUUUGUUUUUUCAAUUAUCUCUAUGAAUUGCCAUCCAGGCAAUAUCGAAGCAAAGUAAAAGAACGCAUAAAAAGUGGCAGUGAAACAAAAAGCUGAGUGAUUUAAAUUCAAUAAAUUUUACCGGGUAAUUCAAGCAUGCCGAAAUAAUAUAAUGGUGUUUCCGUGCAUAUCACCGGAUAAUGAACUGUCAUUAGUUACGUAUUAGAUUGUGCGGCUGCCGUGCUCUUUUUGUUGCUACCUCUUCUCCUUCUGCUUCUCGCCAGGCGAUGCUUCUCUGUAGCUCUUGUGUAUGCGACCAUGUUGUUUAUGAGUCAACAACAUUUUAUGAUUGCUUCGAUUCAGUUUUUCACAUUAUGUUUUUUUUCUCGCUACUACUUUUUCUCGCUGGCAAAUUCAUUGAGACAAACGCACUGUCGUUCGCUGCGCAUAUAAAUACAUGUGGCUGUGGAGUGGAAUAGGUUUAGUUCGACUUAUAACCUCGCUGAAUACAGAUACUGAAACUGAAACGAGUGCGCGUGUCAACGAAAAAGAAAUUGUUUUCGUCUGGUUUCGAAGCUAAUCGUGUGUGUGCGUGUGUUCAUUGUGGCGUGAUUGAAUUUCGAUAACGAAACUUUAAAAAAAAAAUGAUCGCAAUUGCAUUGUUGGUGUUUUUGGUGGUGACGGGGCUGGUGAAGUAUUUCCUUCAGAUGCGACAUUUCGAAAGUUAUGUGAAACAUGUGAAGAUGGGAAACCGUGCGUUUCCCUUCGUAGGCAAUGCAUGGUCAUUGAUCGGAAAAUCAACGGCCAGUUUAUUCAAAGAAAUUACGGAAGUGACAAAAACCCAUGGUACCCCAUUAAAAGGUUACAUGGGACCCGCUCUGGUAAUCUCGCUCGACCGACCUGACGAUAUUAAAACGGUGCUUAUGUCACCAAAUUGCCUCGACAAACCAUAUUUGUACCAAUUUUAUCCACGACCAUGCGGAAUUUUGAACGCACGAUCGGGCACAUUUUGGAAACCCAUCCGAAAACUCAUGAAUCCAUCAUUCAAUUUGAAAAUUUUACAAUCGUUUGUGCCAAUUUUCAACGAAAAGGCACAAUACAUGCUCGACAAGUUGGACAAACAAGCUGGAAAUGCUAAUUUUGAUAUCUUACCAUUCAUGAACGCAUUAACGCUGGACAUGGUUUGCUCCACAACAAUGGGCUUCAACAUCAAUUCGCGUGAUGGAAACGGCGCAUUUCUGCACAGCAUUGAAGCAUACUUCGAUAUUGCUGCUAAACGCAUUAUGAAGUUUUGGACCCAUUUGGACUUCGUUUAUCGGUGGACGGAUUUGUACAAAAAGGAACAAAAACAUCUGGAAAAUCUAUUCAAUCUCACGAAUGAGAUUUGCGAAGCUAAAAAGAUGCAAUUUGUGACUGAAAACCGUUUAGCGGACCAUAAAAUUGAUGAAAACUCAGAGGAAACAUACAAAACGCCCCAAGUGUUGAUUGAUCAGUUGUUGGAGCUAUAUUUCACUGGCAAACUUGACGAUAGGAUUAUCAGAGAUCAAAUCGAAACUAUUGUCAUUGCUGGGAAUGAAACCACUGCUUUAUCGCUGUCAUAUAUUACAUUGUUGUUGGCAAUGUAUCCAAACAUUCAAGAGAAGGUUUUUGAAGAGUUGCGUUCAGUGUUCGAUAGUCAAGAAGAAGAAAUGACUUAUGAACACAUUCAAAGAUUACCAUACCUAGACCGUGUCAUCAAAGAGGGAAUGAGAGUUUUACCGGUAGUUCCAUUCAUGAUGCGCACAGCAACAGCUGACACACAAAUCUCCGAUUGUAUUAUACCAAAAGAUGCAUUCAUUUUGAUGUCUAUUUACAAUUUGCACCGGCGCCAAGAUAUUUGGGGAGAUGGCGCUGAAGAAUUCAAUCCCGAUCAUUUUCUACCAGAAAACAUGAGCAAACGUCACGCAUUCAGCUUCCUUCCAUUUAGCGGUGGACCAAGAAACUGCAUAGGUUACCAGUACGGAAUGAUCUCGAUGAAAGUGGCUCUAUCGUCGAUGUUGCGGCGUUACAAAUUUACGACGGAUUUAAAGUUGUCGGAUCUGGAAUUGAAGUUUGAAUUAACAUUAAAAAUCAGUAAUAAACAUAUGGUUGGAAUGGAACGACGUGCCGAAAACUCAGAAAAUAUUCAAAAUUUGGAAUCAGUAUCAAAAUUUGGUGUUUUUCGAUUCAAAACAAUGAUUGUAUUAACUUUAAUAGCAAUUCUAGUCGUCACGGGAGUUGUGAAACAUAUUUUGCGCAUGCGUCAUUGGGAGAGUUAUGUGAAACAUUUGAAAAUUAAAUCACCAGUAUAUCCACUUUUCGGGAAUUCCCUAGGACUGAUCGGAAAAACGUCAACAGAUCUAUUCUAUGACAUAGUUGAAUACAUCAAAGAGAAUGAAACGCCACAUAAAUCUUAUAUGGGACCGUUUUUGGUUAUCACCAUUGAUCGGCCAGAGGAUUUCAAAUCGGUGCUUAUGUCACAAUACUGCCUUGAUAAACCAUAUAUCUACUCAUUCUAUCCCAGCAAAGUGUCAAUCAUGAGCGCUACUUCGUCCGCGAUUUGGAAACCGAUUCGAAAGUUGAUGAACCCAGCAUUCAAUCUGAAGACUCUACAAUCGUUUCAGCCGAUUUUCAAUGAGAAAAUUAAGAUUUUGGUUGAAAAUCUGGACAAACAAGUUGGAAAAUCACAUUUCAAUCUUCUACCUUACAUGAGCGGAUGCACGUUGGACAUGAUUUCAACCACAUCGAUGGGCUACAAUCUUGAAGUGCAACGUAACAAAAACCGUGAGUUCGCGGAAAGUCUUGAAGCAUUUUUCGAUAUCGUCGCCAAACGUUUCAUUAACUUUUGGGCACACUCUGAUUACAUUUAUCGCUGGACCGAUUUGUACAAAGAACAAGUGAAACAUUUGAAAAAUUUGCGUAACUUGACAACGCAUAUUUACCAUAUCAAAAAAGCGGAGUUCAUCUCACAGAAUAAGUAUAAAUUGAUGGAAGAAAAUGAUUCGAAUGAUUCGUAUGAAAAGCCGCAAAUUCUUAUUGAUCGUUUGCUUCGAUUAGUUUAUGAAGGGAAAAUCGAUGAAAAAAUUGCGAUUGAUGAAGUGGAAACGAUGUUGAUCGGAGGUACGGAAACAUCCAGUUCGGGUGCAUCGUACGUUAUUUUACUGCUGGCAAUGUAUCCAGACAUUCAAGAGAAGGUCUAUGAAGAACUGCGCUCAGUUUAUAAUUCACAAGAUGAAGACACAACGCAUGAACACACCCAACAAUUGAGCUACAUGGACCGUGUUAUCAAAGAAGGCUUACGCCUAUUUCCGCUUGGCCCAUUCAUAAUACGACACGCAACUGGUGAUGUAAAAGUUAGCAAUUGCACAAUACCCAAAGACAGUUAUAUCGCCUUGUCGAUAUUCACAUUGCAUCGGCGUCCAGAUAUUUGGGGUGAAUCACCCGAUCAGUUCAACCCGGACAAUUUUCUGCCGGAAAAUGUUAUGAAACGUCACGCUUUUUCAUACGUUCCCUUUGCUGGUGGGCCAAGAAACUGCAUAGGCUAUCAAUAUGGAAUGAUGUCGCUGAGGAUGAUGCUAUCAGCACUUUUGCGACGUUUCAAAUUUAUAACCAAUCUCAAACAGUCGGAGCUUGUAAUGCGAUUUGAAAUCACGUUGAAAUUGUGCAACGGCCACAUGGUCGGCAUCGAGAGGCGUGUUUGGUAGCGUAAUUGGUGACGUUUCAACAAAAACCACAAAAUAUCGGUUUCUGUGAUAUUUGACCUUUGACAUUAUUAUAGUUAGAUGUAAACAAGAUGUAAAUAAGCUACUUUUCGACUUGGGCUAAACACGUUCAAAACAGUUAGUUCUAUGCUUGUUGCUGUUUAUAGGUCGAAGAAAGCCACCGGUUAAUGAAAAGCAUCAGUAAAAGUUGAACAUAAUACUUCGCUCCCAGUUUGUCUUUGUUGUCGAAGGUCCAGCAUUCAUGUUAUAUACAAAGCAAACAAAUAAACACAUGUUAAAACUCAUUGA